UGUGUCAUGGUUUCACUCAAAUCUUUCUUAUUCAGUGAUUUUCGCCUCGUCAUUUGAUGAAUUCCAUAGCGGAUCGAUGUCCACUCCCCAAUCCUACUCCAAACCUACCGAGCAUCUUGACUGGAAUUGGCCUCCCGCGUUCCCGGGAGGAAAGUUUGCUAGCCGCGCUGGACACCUCGAAACUUCUUCUCCAAAGUCGGGGGUUGACGAUACUGAAGAGGCGCAGGAUGAGAUCAUUAUCAUUGAUGUGGAACAUGAUGAGGAAGAAGAUGGGAGCGAAGAAGCUCUAGAAGGUCCUAUUCCACUAGGAACUAGCGACCUCGGGUAUGGUGACGAGAUUCAUCAGGAGAAGGACGAACGCAACGACGACCAGAACGUAUUAGGCUUGGAAGUUGUUGAAGAAGAUGACAUCAAAACUCCAGAAGUCGACGAGUUUCCGCUUUUGAACUCCCAGCUGAACGCUGAUGAACGCGCCGCAGUGGAGAGUUUCUUUGAUCUCCUCAAUUGCGAAGCGUUACCUUCAGCAAAUGUGACCGAACAAAUUGAGGACUACGCUGGUUGACAUCAGCGGUAUGGUUGCUGCUGAGUUUCUUGGCGGAGAUGUGACGUCUCCGCCAGGCAUUGAGAAAACCGGUCAG